UAUUGUCCCAGCAUGAGGGAAGUCCCUGUGCUGGACUGACUAUAAAAACACUUCCAUACACCUAAGUGUAGUCAGAGACAACAAGAAGUCUGAGUCAACAAUCUGACACAAGAUGUUGCUCAUCACCUCCUAUUUCACUUUUGCGCCGUUGCUUCUGAUGCUCACCUCCCCUGCGUGGAAAUUAAGCCAAUCGGUGCCCAUGAUGGGUAAACAGCCAGUAACAGAUUCCUGUGUUUCCUACUCGUGGACACUACUGCAGAACAUCAUCGGGGCGCUCAUGCAGAAUAGUCUCUUCAAUGGAAUCGACUGCCCAAAGCAGAGCAUAGUGUUGAACAACAACACUCUCACAGAGUCUGUGUGCACGCCAAAGGAAUCAACAUGCUAUGGAUUUACAAAAUCAGAAUUUGAUCAGGAGUCCUGCUUGACAAACAUUGGGGAGGAUCUGCGUCACUAUUCCACAUUUCUUGAAGACCAGCCAGAUCCCGAGCAUUUACUCGGUCCCACUGUUCUGUUCAGUCUGAAGGAACUCAUGAAGCACUGCUUCGCCUGGGCUCUGCCAAAACAAGACGUGCCCAUGAAGGAGGCCACCGCAGAUCGUCCAAGCUCCUAUGACGAAAGACUGAAUCUCUGCAAGGUGCUGAGGGGCUUUCAGGUCCGGACCAUCACAGUCAACAGAGCUGUCAGAUACAUCAACUCCGGACAACACACUAAAUGAAAUUUAGCACUGAGCGGUAACGCAUUAAACCAGUGGUUCUCAAAUUGUGGGUUCC